UUUUAAUGAGGUUAGGAAGAUCGGGCAAACUCUCUUUUUGUCAGCUACGUUGAGCGAAGACCGUAAAGAAGUAAGCAAGCCACAAUGACGAACUCCAAGGGUUACCGUCGUGGUACGCGAGACCUGUUCUCGCGCAAGUUCCGCAAAAGCGGCACUAUUCCCCUGUCGACGUACAUGAAAGUGUACAAGGUCGGUGACAUCGUCGACAUCAAGGGCAACGGCGCCGUGCAAAAGGGCAUGCCUUACAAAGUCUACCACGGCAAGACUGGACGCGUCUUCAACGUUACACAGCACGCACUAGGCGUUAUCGUGAACAAACGCGUGCGCGGUCGCAUCAUCGCCAAGCGCAUCAACAUCCGCAUCGAGCACGUGAACCACUCCAAGUGCCGCGAGGACUUCCUCAAGCGCGUCAAGGAAAACGAGAGGCUCAGGAAGGAAGCCAAAGAAAAGAAAGUCCGUGUCCAGUUGAAGAGGCAACCGGCUCAGCCUAGACCCGCACACAUUGUCCACGGACACGAAGCGCCACAGCUUCUUGCGCCUAUCCCAUACGAGUUUAUUGCUUAAAUCAUAAAUAAAUUUACUUUGUAUAAUAACGUU